CAGAUCUAUGUGUUUCUGAAGAACAGUCAUGCACAUCUCAGCAACCCCUUGGUCAGGCUGGCAAACAUUGGUGACUGUCCUUGUCUGCUGACCAGCCAAUCCCUUCCUUCAAGCAGAAGCUGCUUGACUUUGCUAUUGGCAUGAACAAACCUUCUUUCCAAGCCCGUCCCAAGUUCCUCAAGCAAUACUGGGAGCACCAGCUCUUGCCUGAGCAAUGGCAGGAGUAUGUGGAGCAAGCAUUGAAGGAGCAAGAGACCCCCAACAUUCUCAUUGAAGGGAAACAGAUGUUGGGAUGUCCCUCAGAGAAGAUUUUUGCUUCAAUAGCAGCUUUUCACAAAGCUGUAAGCACCCAUACAGGCUGGGUCCUGUUCACUCUUGCUGGCAGAGUUGAUAAAUCAGGUGCCAGAGCUGUAACACAUGUGGACUCUGGUAAAACAUCUGCCAAUCUUGGCUUUUUGGAGUACAAUGUGUGUCAUCAUGAUGGCAUGAUGCAGGCAUGGAAGGACUUUGUGAAAGCUACCAUCCCCACCAAAACCCUGUCACAACAAGCUCCUAUGCAAAUACUACCAACUUUGCAGCGAGAUACCUGCAACCACCGUAUCCUUCCACCUUUGGACUCUGCAUGGAAUCGGCUAGAGAUUGCAGUCAUGCUGCAGACAUAUCUCAUGAGCCUUCACAGUAGGCCUGGAUGUCUCCCAAUUGACUUCUCCCUCUCAGAUCCAGAACACAUGUCAUUUGUGGACAUGUUGAAGACUUAUACCCUUGUUUGCAAACAACAAGAAGAGUUCCAGGAAGAGUUCAUGUUCUUCACCCCUCCAGAUCAAGUCGAGCCCUUCCACUUUGACAUGACAAACCUUGAAUUGUCUCCUGCCCCAGCAAGUGCAAAUCAACCUCCCACAACUUCAGCUAGAAGACAGCCCAUAAUCCAGACAACACAAAUGUCCAUAGCCAGCAGACAGACCAGUAUACAUUCACCUCACUCAAUUCAAUCACUCUGCUCCUGAACAGCCACAUCCAACGGGGAGGUCUGUGACACCCUGACAAGAUGGAAUCCUUUUGGUGAUGAGCCAUGCACAUCCCCUCCACCUUCAGAUGAAGAUGUCUUCCAAAUUGAUUCACUGGUGCACAGGGAGAACAUUGCUCAAGGGACAGUUCUCUGCAUGUCAUGUGAAUUGAUCUGAUGAGUGAUGCACAGGCAGUGCAUCCAGAAGGUGGCAUUUUGUGCUCCAUCCUGGAAUGAUUUCUGACAAAGUCCCUCAGCACAGUGACAUUGUCUGACCCUUGGCAAGAACCAUCCUCCACACAUUCUCCAGUGGGCCACAGACACUUAUGACAUGGUGGUGCCCAAGUACCUGAUGUUCAUGUGCGGCAAUCAAUG